AGUCGCCACGGUAACAGUAACAACAACUGCGACAGUUACAGAUGGGGAAACGAGUCCAGCUCUCAACAGCCAGAAGUUCAUGAUUUUAGCCUUCAGUAACGCUUUUGAUAUCACAGUUAAAAGGAAAGAUGGCAUCUAGUUUACAGACGCAACACGAGACGCAAAGCGGAGUUUAUACGUUCUCCAGUCGUCCGCGUGCGGUUCCCAACCGCCCCAAAUACAGACAAAGCGCUCCGCUGCUCGGUCCCGUGCACAUCAGCAAUGAAGAACAGAGCAGUUAUGGAAACAUCAUGUAUGACCGACGUGUUGUCAGAGGAAAUACAUACGCUCAACCCAUCCUACCCAUUACAUCUCAGCCCGAUCCAGUUGAGUUCCUGAAACAGCAGGAGGCCAGAAAAAGAGCUUUAUCCAGAAAACGACUGAAGGAGCAGUUUGGCCCGAAAACACCAGAACCCCUAGAAGGCAGAAUGAACAUAGAUGUGCAGACAGAGAUGUAUCUGGAAGAGCUGAGCGAUCACAUAGAGGACGUCAGUGUGGAAUGCCAAACAGACAUGUUCCUGGACAAACCGGCCACUCCCCUCUUCAUCCCGGCCAAAACUGGACGAGAUGCAGCCACACAGAUAGAGGAAGGAGAGCUGUUUGAUUUCGACGUGGAGGUCCAGCCCGUGCUGCAGGUGUUGGUGGGAAAGACAAUCGAGCAGGCAUUGCUGGAAGUGCUGGAGGAGGAGGAGCUGGCCAGCCUGAGGAAUCAGCAGCAGGUGUUCAGGGAGAUCCGUGAUGCUGAGCUGGUGGAGGUGCAGAGGCUGGAGGAGAGGGAACGGCGCCUCCGUGUGGAGAAGGAGAACCGGAUAAAGCAGCAGAAGGCCGUGCUGGAAGAAGAGAAGGAGACAGCAGAUAAAAUCGCUGCGAGAGCAUUUGCUCAGCAGUAUUUGUCUGACUUGUUGCCCUCAGUCUAUUCCAAUCUAAAGGAUUGUGGCUACUUCUAUGACCCUGUGCAGAGAGAUAUAGAGACCGGAUUCCUCCCUUGGCUGAUGGAAGAAGUCACCAGUACUUUAGAACAGAGAUAUGUAGCAAGAACAGUGCUUGACAUGCUCAUUCAAGACGUCACUAACCAAAGACUUGAGGCCUUUCAGAUGAAAGAAUGAACUCCUUCAUGCAGUUUCCCAUUAGAGGUCAUACCGGGAAACAAGUAAAAUCUGGAAAUAUUUUCAUGAAUUCUUAAUAAAAAUUCUGAAUG